UCCGUCGUGGGGAUUCCGGCGCUCGCACUUCGGUGUUCCUCGGCGUGCCGGACGGUUGUCGCGUGCGUUAGUGCGAGCCGGAGGAGGCGCGCCAUGCUGCGUGAAGCGACUCGCUGCUGCUGCUGCUGCUCCCCUGCGAGACCCGUGUCGUCCUUUCCACGCGAGUCAUGGCACUGCUCAGGUCCUGUUGCUGCUGGCUGUCGGUGCGGAAAGGAAGCUUCGCCUGUGGCGUCUACACGCUUAUCUUGUAUACAAUGCUGGUCGCUACAGGAGGAUCCCACGUCAGUUCUGUGUUCCAUUCACCGGUGGGAUUCUCAUUGAUUCUUUUGCUCUUGAGUUUCUCCGGACUGUGCGUCGUAUUUUCCGUGUUGCUUCUCUUGGCCUUGAUUAUCCUAUAUCCUUCUGGUCCUGCUACUUCCAACUUCACAACUUUAAGUGCCGCAUUAUGCCAUUCAUUCUUGCAGGAAAACCGCCUUUUGCUAAUUCCUUGGUUAACUUUCGUGCCCAUGACCACAGCGCUGGAUGUUGCACUGUCACUGUAUUUCAUCAAGGACCUUAAAGUCAACGCUUUUGUGAUCGUCAUGUACAUCGUGGACUACACAUUGAGUUCCAUCAAUGUCUACUGCAUACUCUGCGUGCUCUCCCAGUACCAAAUGUACGCGCUGGAAAGGAGAACCAUGGGCCAGGGAAGCCGUCAGUCGCCGAAGGAGACGGAACCGAGACGACCGCACAGUGGAUCGGCAGGCGCUGCUGUUCCGCGCUACACGAACGGCAGUAACCAUGGCAACAGCCGCUGCACGUUCAGCCGCAUAGCGUCGUGGCCCAGUCGCCGGAUCUCCCGCAAGGCGGCCUUCCCACAGAGCGGAGCACGAGUUUCACCCUGCAGUUUCGUGGCCCUUACUGUCCCUGCUGCCACAGUGACCACCAGUGCGACGGGCAAGAUUACAGAGGACGCUAGCAAACCAGCACGGGAAAACUCGCCGACUUCGGAACGCCCCAAGGCGUGCAUUUAUGAGGUUGACGACACGUCAAGCGCGCUCCACCUGUCCACAGCCGAGGCGUCACUGCAGCAUUCAGCUGCAGAGGCCCAGAUGUCGGUGCUAUAA